ACGCCUAAAAUUGUUUCAAGAGCUUGUCUAGUUUAUGUUUAUUUAACUACAUGACGGUCGCGAUUCCUCUUUCGGGCUUGUUUCACUGAUAGGUGAUAGACUACGUAUAAUUCGUAGUGGAUCGGAUCAGGGAACUAUUAAUUUUUUUGAGUGAAAGUCAAGUUGUCGUUUAUUUCUCUGCCGUUUUUGUCUUUAAAACAAAGUCCAAAUAUAUUUGAUUUGUAUUUCUGCGCGCGGCACCAGAGAAUCAGUGGGGCGUGUACCCAUGACUAGCCCGGUGGUUGCGGCAUAGAAACGGGUGAACUUCUCUUUCGUUCAAAUUCCACACGCGCGGCCAGCCGGAUGUUGAUAUAUCAUUCAUGGACAUGGUAUUAAAUGCUACUGCUGCGAAAAUCUACCGUUCGAGCACCCUAUAUUCUACUCAUAUGGAUUUCACGUCCUGAAGGAUAUUUGAAAACCAUUCACAGAUUCUGUAAAGGAAAUUCGACAAACCGUUUGUGACAUUGACACUGGUUUAGUGAGAGACAGGAAUUGUCUUGGAUUGCCUCUCGAUCUCGAGCCACUUCAAGUUGGAUAACUAAACACAAUAUUUUACAAGACAAGAAGAGGAUUGGCUUAAAAUAACGUGGAUGCUGGAAAGUUGAGGACUACAAAAUGGAAGGGAACAGACCAUGCAGACAUCUUGGCUUGUCGAUAUUAGGCCUAAUUCUGAUUUGCACUCUGCAGGACUCUGUGGCGAUAGAUGCACCAGAUAUUGUCACCGUGGAAAAUGAAGGAAACACUGACUCUCUGAAAGUGACAUGGACUCCUCCAACUGGUGCUACAGAUCAGGUGGUCACAUGGUCUCCAGCUGACGGCUCUGGCAGCGACACAUCAUUUGGUCUUAGCGGAACAGCGACUGAGCAUACCAUCCCUGGUUUAACACCAGGGACGCUCUACAACGUGACUGUUACUGCACAAAAUGGUACAGAUGAGACUAGUGAUGACAGUGAACAGGGUAGAACGAAACCUUCUCCCGUGAAUCUUACUGAAUCCGGAGCCACUAACGAUUCCAUCUCAGCCGAGUGGACCAAGCCUAGUGGAGCGAUAGACCAGUACACCUUCUCAUGUUCAGAGGGUACAGAAGACCCAUCUUCACCAAUAACAGACGUUAGCAGUAACAUGUACGAGGUAUCUUGUGUGGGACUAUCUGCUGCCGGGGCGGACUACACUAUCACUGUCACAUCACUUAGUGGAAAUGAAAUCAGUAAUGAAUCUACCACCACCAUCACAGCAUUACCUAAUAUGGUACACAUUGAAGCAGGUGAUGCUACAAAUUCAUCCUUCGUUGCCUCUUGGAACCAUCCAGAAGGAGAGAUGGACUCUUUUCAGGUGUUUUGUUAUGAAAAUGAUACAGCUCCUGAGGAAAUUAGCGAUGUGGGAAGCAACAGCACCUACAUGUACGAAGUCACUUGUGAGAGUCUACCCACUGCAGGGACUGGUUAUCAGUUCUCUGUGAUUUCUAUCAGUGGUAGUAAGAAUGUGACUUCAGAAACUGUGUUGUAUACCAGUAAGUUGGGAGCUUCCUUUGGCAUCAGAUUGUAUUAUUUCCAUACAUCAUCUUGCAAUAUUUGGCUGAUCCUUGGACCAUUUUGCAAUAUUUCGCUGGUUCCCAUGCAGCACAAUCCAGUGACCCAUCUUCAGCCCCUACAUGUACAUCUUCGACAGCACUUCAUCACUUGCAUAUCAUCUGGGGUUUUUUGUAGUAUGAUCUAGCAACCAUUCAACAUUUGAUUCAACUUCAUUUUCUACUUGUUAUAAAGUUCAUUACAGUAAAGGAGAGGUCCACGUUGGUUUAAAGAAAAAUAUUAUAUUGGGUAAGAAAGUAAUGAAAGUAAUCAGUCGAUAGUGAAGGUUGACUGUGAUUAUCUUUCAGCAAUUUUUAAAAGUUAUUAACUUUUUUUUAAAAUCAUGAAUUUAUAAUUUCCUGCGUACAAUGAUAUAUCCAGGGCAGAGGUAUAAUGAAAUUAUUUCUGUGGAGAAAAUCGAAAUUCAACAAUUUUACAGAACUUACAGGAAAGGCACUUGUAAGGUUCACAGAGUUGUGAUUAAUCUGCCAUGAAGUAAAAAAUCUACAAAGCUUUCCAGUCCUUUACCAGAUUUUCUGAAAAUUUCACUGAUUUAUUUCGUUUUUGUGCCUUAUAUUUCAUCCACCUUGAUACCAUCUUUCCCUUUAAGAAAUACAUCCCCCCCCCCCAUUUUUUCACCAACAUAUAGAUGUUAUACUGAAAGGUGAUUGGGAGAUUCACGCAUUUCAAUGUCUUUGAUAGUACGUUUCUUUAUAAUACUUGAUUGAUAGAUUCACCAUUUUC